GAAUAUUUCAAAAGUUUACAUCUCAUAUUUAUUGCCCUCUGGCGAACCAGCGGUCUUAGGGUUUAUAGAUCAAAAUCAUAAAUAUAUAUUUCUAUGGGUUUUGAUCACAAUAUGGUCUACUUUUCGAUUUGAACGUGAAAUCGAUGAUGCCCAAACAAGAUCAAAUCUUAUAGUGAUUUGAAUUUCUUCAUCAAUCAGUCCCGUUUUAACUGAUAACGAGUGAAGAAACACAAAAUACACCUUUGAAGCUCAUGGAGUGCAAUAGAGAUGAAGCUACGAGGGCAAAAACAAUUGCAGAAAAGAAGUUUGCUGAUAAAGAUUACACAGGUGCAGAUGGUGCAUUCAAGAUAGUUUCAGAAGCAUGGAAUUUGUUGUCUGAUAAGACUAAAAGAUUAGCAUAUAACCAAAGGAGGAAUUCAUCACAAGCUUCUGGUAUCAAUGGAGUUCAUAUUUAUGUAAACAGAACAACAACAAGAAGAACAACAAGACCGAAAAAUCAGAAUUACAGGGGUUUUGUUUCUACUUCUAAAUUAGAUAGUUUUUGGACUAUUUGCCAUGGAUGCAAGAUGCAUUAUGAGUAUCUAAAGGUGUUUGUGAAUCAUACACUUAUUUGUCCCAAUUGUCUCGAGCCUUUUCAUGCUGUGGAAAUGGCAACACCAAUGAAUAUUCCAAAACCAGGUUACCAGUAUGCUUAUCAAUGGAAUCGGAAUUCCGGUGAUCAUGGAAUGUGUAAUUCCGGGAGAAGAAUGGGGGCAUCAGGCAUACACUGGGGAUCUUCAUCAGGAAUGAAGGUGCCUGAUGACAUGUUGAGAAGAGAAGGUGGAGUUUUUUAUUGUCAGCCACCUUUGAAAAGGAGAAAAGUGGAGGGCCGAUUUAGGGUUCGUAAGCGGUCAUACCUCAUCGUUAUAAAUCUGAUCUUGGAGAUGAUCAUAUCCUGGGUUCAAAAAUAA